UUUUAAUUAAAAUUCAACGAGUAAUGAAUGCGCUAAUUUUUUUAAAAAAAAUAAAGAUAAAUUCAAGCACUCGAUUCACUCAUUAGAAGUUUAUACUCAACUCUUUUUAAGGUUUUAUCCCCUAAAAAAAAUCUUUUAGGGUUUAAUAAAAAAGAAUAAUUCUGAACUAUGGUUCAGCUUCGUUGAAUAAGCAAUAAUUUGAACUUAGAAAAUCCUCGCCAGGGCUUCGAGCCAACCUUUUCCAGCAAAUAGAGAAGGAAAAGGAAAACGUAAUGGAUGCAAAUAGAGAAGGAAAAGGAAAACAAAACGGAUGUAUUGACUGAGGUCACUAUUAUUUCACUCCCAGAGGAUGAAUUUUAUUCUUUAUAUUUGCUAAAAUGAGUAUGGACCUGCUUCCACCUACUACUUUCUUGUUUCUAAUAUUUGAUAUUGCAUUGUUCAUAACAUCAGAUGGAAGAAUUAGUCAAAUUUAUUUAGUUAUUUCAUGCUCCCCCGUCCCAGCUUUUAGUAUCCAAUUGAGAGUGGCACUGGUUUUAAUAAAGGGGUGGGUGUAUUGUGAGUGGAAUAAGGGUCCCACUUUUAAUGUGAGUGUUAAAAUAAUUAAAGUGGGGUAAGGGUUCCACCUACUUUUACUAAAAAUAGAAAUGAAUACAAAAAUGCGGGACAUCCAAAAAUGGAAACAUGGAUACUAAAAGCUAGGACGGAGGGAGUAAUAUUUUUUCUUUCUUGUGCUGCAUUACUUAAAUAACUGGAAGCGUCUUGUUUCUCGAUUAUCAACUCAAAGUCCAAAUUUGUGUAUGAAGUUGCUAGUAACCAAAUAAGUGUAGCUGAUUUGCUUCUUGCUACUCAUAAUCUGAGAAUAUAUGGUAAAAGUAAAAGUGGCGUAGGACUCAGGUGACUAUCACGUGAUGGGAGGAUAUUUGAGAUUCCAUUGCAUAAAUUUUCAUAAAACCCAUUCAUAGCUGUUAAUUUUGUUUUUAGUGUCAUGUCCUCUCAAUUAGAAAAAGAAAACCCUAAAUCAAACCUUCCACCUUCCCACCUACAUAUUUUUUGCCGUCUUGGAGGAUUCAUUGGAGGAGAUGCUCAUCUAUUUCCCGGCAAAGGACUCAAUAACUAGGAAGUGAAAAGAUACCAUAAGGUCAUAAUAUGAAUCUACUUGAUGAAGGGGAGAGCUCUGGCUUGUUGAUCCAGCCAGCAAAGCGGAGACGUGGUCGUCCACGUAAAGAUGCAAGCUUAAAGCCUGCUGGAGCAGCUCAUACGCCUGGUUCUGAAGGAGGCAUAGCUUACCUUUCUCAGAGAACCAACAGAACAAGGGAAACAGAAUGUAUGGUGGGCCAGGCAGUAACUGGUUUUGUUGAAGCCACAUUCGACUCUGGCUAUCUGCUUACUGUUAGAAUUGGCAACUCGAGCACCAACUUGAGGGGUGUUGUUUUCAAGCCAGGACAUUGUGCUCCAAUUACAGCAGAAAAUGAUGUUGCUCCACAUGCUCAAAUGAUAAGAAGAAGUGACGUUCGUUUUACUUUUGAAAACCAGAGUCAGUCUCCUGGCCUGGGAAUUGAUAUGCGAACAUCUGCUGCUGUGGUGCCUUCAAAACACAAACAUGCACCACCCGGAAGAGCACCUGCUGCUCCUUCAGUCAGUGCUGUGGCUCCCGUUGCACCUCAACCCAUAACUCAUGCAAGUUACGACAACGGAGAUGCUGAUGUACACAUGGUUGAACCUUUAUCCAUGUUACCACCAGUUGGGCAGGUUUUUGUUCCCAUGCAACCUUAUCCCAGCUGCCAAGUUGCCCCAGGAAUUCAGCAGCGUGACGAUGGCUCAUUUCAUAAAGGCACCCCGAUAGAUAUUGAUGCUAAGAGCCCUUCCCAGACUUCAGAUACUAAAAUUAUGGAAUCAUUAAAAUCUUCACCAGAAAACUCAGCUGUCGUUUCAGAACAAGACACUCCAGGUGGUAAUGAGCCCUUUCUGAUUGAGUCCUCACAUACAGAACCUUUGUUCAACUAUGGAACUGGAAGGAUGACAGAACUUUUGAAGGCUUUGCAGGAAAACUCAAAAGAGACUCGAGUGCAAAUUGAUAAACAGCCAACUUCUGCUACACAAGUUGAGUUCCAUAACUCUGUUCAUAAGAACCAAGAUAGCAUCCUGUGACGGCGUAAUGCUAAACUUACAUCUCAUUCUGUGAUCUCUCCAACUUUGGAUGCUAUAUUUGAGUUUCAACAAAGCAGCACCUAUGGUACCCUCAUGUAUGGAAUAGUGUGUUUACAAAUUGUGAACUAUUAAUGUUCCCUUCGUCUAGAUUUAGGAGGAUUUUGCCUUCAUUGCGAUAUAGAUACAAAUAGAUUUGCCCUCCAUGAGGGUGCAGUUAAAUUUAUUAUCGAGUUUGAGAUUGAUAUA